CUCUGCAGGGUGCUCAGUAGUAGUUGCUUUUUCAGAGAAUUUCAGGCUUUAAUUGAUGCCCCAAGAUGUUUGCAAAAGCCACAAAGAAUUUUGUGAGAGAAAUUGACAGUGGAGGUGACCUGAUCCCUGUCUCCCACUUGAACGCCUCAGACAAGCUACAGCUUUUGAGCUUAGUUACAAAGAGGAGGAAAUUCUGGUGCUGGCAGAAGCCCAAGUAUCAUUUCUUGACAGUCACCCUGAGUGAUGUGCUUACUGAAGACAAACCGAUAAAACCAGUGAUUGUGGAGUCUGACUUUGCAAAAUAUAUGGGGAAGUUUGAAGAUUUUGUUCAAGGAAGUAUUGAAGCAUCAUUUGUAAAGAUCAGCCUGGGAGCUGGAGGGAAGGGCUAUGUGGAAAACCAAUCCUCAUUUGGAAACCUGAGGAAGCAGGAGAUUGACUUGCAGCAGCUUAUGAAAGAUGUGAAGGACAGAACAAUAAAUCUAAACAGUAGUUUACUGCAACAAGUAAUGGAAAGAAAACGUGAAGUGCUGUGCAUCUUGAGAGAAAAGAUAAUAACAACUCAGAAGUGUACAAUAUCUGAACAUAUCCAGACAGAAGAAAAAGUCAGUGGUGUGAUGGGAUGCACUACGAAAACAGUAAAGGUUUCGGUAAGUGAAAAUGGAAGUAUGAUGAAGGAUUCUAGUGUGAUCCUUGAAAUUCCACCUGCAACUACUAUUGCCUAUGGUGUAAUCGAACUGUUUAUAAAGCACAGUGGCCAGUUUGAGUUCUGUCUGCUAGAUGAACAGCAAGGAGGUUUUGAAAAAGAAAGCACAGAAGGCUCAACUUAUCCCCAUUCAACUCUAUUCAGAGAUACUUCAUUUCUCUAUCAGCCAGAUGCUGUUGAUAAUGAGACCUACUCUGGGGCUAGAAACCUCAUUCCCAGUGAUGCUUCUUUAAGUGUAUUGAAACAAGGUCUGUCACAGUUGAAGACUCAGUUCCAGCCCUUUGUGAGGCUUACAGAAGACAAGCAAAGAGCUCUAUAUAAAACCCUUAGUGAACUCCUGCUCCAUGAAGAAACGGUGGCUGCCCUGGGGGACGUGCUUGAUGAUAUCUGCAUGGGAGACAAACCAGACCUAAAGGAGUUAAAACUUGCAGAGCAAAGAGACCUGGUUGACUUCUUGCAGCUCUUAGGGUGCAGCUUACAGGGUGAGCUGUUGUUGCAGAAAUAUCAGCCUCAGGAUGAAGAACUUUUCUCAGCUGCUCACCUUCUCAUCAGUGCUAUCUCUGAGCUGUCUGAUUACACUCUUGCCUUGCUGCGUGCCUGCUGUGAUCUCCAGGUUGUUCCAGCUUUGUGUUGUUUGCCUAACGUUGCUUCAGCCGAUGGCACUGUGGCGGUGAGCAGUCCUUUGGUGGCCACUCUCACUGACAGAGGAAGAUUUGAUGUCGUGCAAAGGCUGUUUGCUUCAUCAAACAUUCAUUUGGAAAUGACAGAGUCUUCUGUAAAAGCUGUAACUACGAAAGAACCUGGAUUCUUCCCACUUGUUCUUUAUGUUGCACUGUAUGGAUUUCAUGCUUUAGGUGGGAAUGUAUAA